UCACCGAUCAACGGAAAGAGCCGAAGAUGUCGGCUUGGUCAUGUGAUCAGCUGUGUCCAAUCACAGCUAAUCGCUGAUCAUCAGGGCACUGAUGAUCAGUGUGCCCUGAUGAUCAGUGCAGCCCCAUCAGUGCCAGCUGUCACUGUCCAUCAAUGCCAGCUGUCAGUGAUCAUCAAUGCCACCUGCCAGUGCCCAUCAGUGCCUCAUCAAUGCCACAUAUCAGUGCCUACCAGUGCACAUCAAUGCCACAUAUCAGUGCCCAUCUGAGCUGCCUUUCAGUGUCAUCUAUCAGUGCCAGUCAGUGCCACCUAUCAAUGCCAGUCAGUGCCACCUAACAGUGCCAGUCAGUGUCGCCUAUCAGUACCAUAUAUGAGUGCUGCCUUUCAGUGCACAUCAGUGA